GUGUGUGUCUCGGUGUGCCUCGAUUUCGGCCACGAGCCCUUGUCGGGCCUGAUGUUUCGGAUGCCAUUUUAACGGAAGAGAACUAGCGGUGACGAGCCUGGUGAAGUGCUGUGUUGCUGGACUUUGAUGCUAUACGCGCAUAUAAAAAACGAGCUGUAACCAAAAACUCUCCAAAAAACGAGUAACGCUUCUGAAUUUUUAAGUAGCGCAAUUGAAUUGAAUGUCGGAAGAGGCGAUUGUGAAUUGUUGAGAAAAAUUAGAUUAACGCGAUUUCAGAAGAAGUCGUGGAAGAGAGCAAGCGCCAGGAUGCAAGAAACGAAUGAAAAUAAGACGCUUGAAGCGAACAAAGGUCCGGGAAUGGAAGCAGCAACCCGUUCAAGGCCAAAAAAUGAAUGAAAAAUGCGGAGGAAGUGAACAAUGCUGCAGAGAAAGAACGAAUGGCCCGAUGGUGUAAACUUUGGUGCCUAGGAAGGGAUGACAGAAGGCCGACCAGGAGCAGCGAUUUCGACAGGAUCUGCGCUGGUCGCUCUGUGGUUCCUCUCCAGUUCCGACCGCCCAGCCUUGUCUUUUCUUCGGAAUCGAGCCCAGGCAGAAGCGACGCUGGGAAAAGCGACCCCGUGGUCGAGUUUGGAGAGAAAUGCACGGACGGAGGAGGCCUGGUCUGCGGACGAGGAGAGAGGAAGAAGAAGAGAUCGCAGGAUCGAGGGCCUCGGAGACGAGGCUUGCGGACGCAGAGGAAACACGGCGAGCUAACGGCGGUUUGGGGAAACACGAAACUGCGAAGCGAAGCGGCCUCGAAGGCACUAGGGCGUGG